GAGCGAUCGAGCAGAGGUCGACGGUACUGCAACCACCACGUACGAAGCUAGUCUAAACUAGUGGGAGGGUGGUCGGUGGUGCGUUAAUUAGGAUCGAUGGUGCGAGGCAAGGUACAACUCAAGCUUAUCGAGAACCCGGUGCACCGGCAGGUCACCUUUUGCAAGCGCCGCGCAGGGCUUCUGAAGAAAGCUCGGGAGAUAUCGGUGCUGUGCGAUGCAGACGUCGGCAUCAUCGUCUUCUCCAACCACGGCAAGCUCUACGAGCUGGCCACAAAGGGGACAAUGAAGGGCUUGAUCGAGAGGUACAAGCUGAUGACAUCCGAAGGAGCUCACAAGUGUCUCGGUGAUGACCAGAAUCCUCCUCAGGAGUAUGAACGAGACAUUUCUAUGUUGAAGAAAGAGAUUAAUGUUCUGCAGAAGAGUCUGAGCUACAUGCUCGGAGAAAUAAGUUUUGGGCAUGGGCAAAUGAGCCUUGAGGAAUUGUACAUAUUAGAGAGGCACCUUGAGAUCUGGGUGGGUCACAUCCGGACGAAAAAGAUGCAAAUCAUGUUCCAAGAGAUUCAAUCCCUGAAGAACAAGGAGGGUAUAUUGAGGGCCACCAAUGAGUUUCUUCAAGAGCAGAUUGUGGAGCAAAAUGGUUGCUAUGAUGCAGCCCCAGAUUUAGUCCAGCGCAGUGGGCAUUUUGAUGUAUCUCCAUUGUCAGCUGCUAACAACAACGUCAAUACAGAGCCAACUCAACUGUUUUGGGACCCUCAAACGAACUUCUCCUUUUGAUGGGAUUGAGGUUAAUUGAGGGGUUAAACUAUUAUUUCCCUGUUGUGUCCCGUUUAUACAUAAGUUAUAGAAUAUAGAACUGUAAUAUGCCUCUCAUUCAAUAUCCAUGUACUGUAUUAAAGAGUCUCCCGAGAGGGUCCGAUGAUUGAGACACGAGGUGUUACCAUAUGAGAUCUUCGGAUUGAAACUCGACGUAUUCGAGCAUGUCCUCCUCCAUGUUUUCGCCACU